AGCGCCGCGUUUUCCGCUUGGAAAUUUUUAAAAGACGCUGCCAGCCAGCGGCCUGGAACAUUUGUAAUCCGACGUUAGAAGUCAGCGGAUCGUGGCCACCACCAGAAGCUUUAUAUCUCCCUCCCUCUGUGGAUCCCAGACACCGCACCGAUAGACAGAGACUCAGACCAAGACCGAGACCGAGACUGAUACUGAUUCCUGACUCUGGGACUCCUCUCGCGUGUGUGUCUGUGCCGAAAGAUUGUUACUGGAGUUACUGUUAGUUGACACUAAUACGAGCGGGUGAAAUACGAGAAAUACAAGAAAAACCGAACGUGAAUCGCGAGUGCAAAAAAGAAAUACGAAAAAUAAAACAACAACUGCAAAAGAUAAGGAAAAGAAAAAUCAAUUUAAAAGAAAAAUCCAAGAAACUGAAACUGCAAUGGUGCGGUUUAGUGCAGCCUGGAGCUGCCAAUUGGCCCUGAUUGCAUUGGUUAUGGCGGUAUCCGCCUCCUCGGCGGAUUAUCCGGGCGUGAUCGAGCUGGUGGGUUAUAGCAAUCGCCGGGCACGCACCUAUUUCCAGGAGACACCGCGCUCCUCCAACCCCAAUCCCAGUCCCAGCCUAACCUCGGCCAAGACCCGUGCGGACAUAGAGACGGUGAAGAGGAAUAUAAGGAAAUAUGAUCGCCUGUUAGAGCUCGAUACGAAAAAUCUGCCAGAGCAACAGAAGGAUAUGCUGGCCAGGAUUGUGGAACGAGUGGCUAGGCUAAAGGAGUCGCUGGACAUUGAGGAGCAACAGUUCAAUCGCCAAGAGGCGACCACUGCCUCCAGGAGCAGUAUUUCGAGCACCACGCAGCAGCAGCCACAGGAGGCGGAAACGGAAGCGGAAACAGAGCAGGACAGGGAACGCUUUGAGCAGAGCACACAGACACCGACUGGAGCCACCGUCGAGGCUGAGACGGAUCCCACUCUAGUCCUGGAUGAGACCACGCUCCUUGAGCUGCAAAACACAAUGAACGAACAGGCGGCGAUGAGCACCAUCAUGAAGGAGCUGCCCACCACCACGGAUGUGAGUCAGCAGGAAACAGAAGCGGAAGCGGAAACGGAAUCAGAGGCCACCGAUGAGGAGGGUGAAACGACUUCACCCAACCUCACCACCCAAUCCGAGCAGCAGACCACCAGCGAUAAUUCCCUCACGGAAUCCACCGAUCCCGACGAUCAGUUUGUGGCCGCCAGAUCGAACAAUAAUAUUGCGGCCAUAACGGCAGCCGAUGAUGCGGAUGGUAGCACUACAACUACCGCCAACUCGGGCAGUCAACAGAGGACUCUGACCACCAUGGGAAAGCUGAAGAACCGGGCCACCAAGCGCCCCUUUGCCCACAAGGUCACCGCCGCCCUCAAGAGAGGCGGUCAGCGACCAAGCAGCGUUAGUGCAGCUGCUGCCAAUGCGGCUGCGGCCUCGAAACCCAGCAGCAGUGCCACCACCUCAUCCACCGGCAGCCUGAAGCAGAAGAUCUCCACCACCAACAGUUUCCAGCAGAAGCAGCAGCAAUCUAAGCCCUUGCAAAAGGUCACGCCCUCGAUGGGUGGAGGCACUGCAUCCUCUCCAUCUUCAGCCUCGUCAUCAUCGCUGCCUUCAAUCACCACCAACUCGGCAGCUCCUGCCUUGCCCAUCGAACAGUUGUACACUCGCACGCCUCAGGCCAAUAUUCCUCUGGCCGCCGCAGCAGCAGCAUCUUCCUCAGCAGCAGCAGCCGCAGCAGCAGGAUCCACAGGAGGCACUGCAGCCACAUACAGCAGCCAGCAGGAUACCAUGGUUUAUGAUGGACAUGUGAAUGCCUCGGCCCUGAUCGACAGCCUCAAUACGCACGCUCGCGAGGAGUACUACCAGCAGAAACUGGGAGCGGGCAACAAGGAUAAUAAGAAAACGGCGACAGCGAAACCGACGAAAUAUCAUUAUUAUCCACACAAUCAGCACAUAUAUCUGCUGCCCGAGUGCGCCAUUCAGCAGGUCUGCAAUGCCGUCUACGUAAGGCUCAACUACACCCAGCCAUUGUGCGCCUGUCCGUCCAGAUAUCGUGAUCCCUGCUCAGCCAGUCUCAACGAAGAUGAUCAGCAUACCACAAAAUUGGUUGGCGAUAAUAAGAAGAAGGCCAUCACGCUGGCCAAGACCUGUGAGGCCACCACGGAAAUGCGAGAGUGCCGCUCACCCAAGGAUUGGUCUCUGCUGGCGCUCCAGAAUACACGAACUGGCAAGUCGCAUUAUCUGGUUAUCUGCCGCUGUCCCGAUCACUUCAAGAUGGAGGGACCCAUGGCUCAUGACCAACCCACCUAUGCCAGUGUGCCCGGCAUUCGAGUCUUUGGCAUGAUGUGCGUGAAGCCAGGCUACUCUGUGCGCAAACCCAGCACCCAGCCACCCAAGAGAUACCAGCUGCAGAAGCCCUUCUAUCGUCCCUCCAUUGGAGGCGGUGGCGGAAGUGGCUCCCUGGGUGGCCAGAAGGAUAGCUACGGUCGACCCAUCUACGGCGGAAGUGGCUCUGUGGGCAGUUCAGCCAUCAGUGCCAACUAUCAGCCGCAGGAUCAGAGCUUCCAAAAUGGCGGCAGCAGUUCGUAUCAAUACCUAAACCGACCGGAGAGCAGCCCCAGCAGCCACAGCUCCGCCAACUUCCGGCCGGAUCAGUUCUCGAUCAACAAUUUCCCGGGCAGCAAUUAUGGACGCAACAACGAGAGACGCGGCGACCUGCCGCCAAUCGAGGCAAUUUCAAGUGGAUCGGGAACCGGUACUGAGGAGCAACCGGGCAGCAGUACUCCCGCGGGCGAGGAGGAGGCCAGGACCACACUGCAGGUGGAACAGGUAGAGACAGAACCAGCGGCUGCAGCGCUUCCUGUGGCGGCGGAACACACCAAUGCGGCGGAGGAGGCACCGCUCGAGAGCCGAGCCAAGAGAUCGCUCUCCGAAACGGAAGACUACGAGCCGGAGUUUCCCUGGGAUCGCGUCAUCGAGUUCCAGCAGAGCAUCAUAUGGGACUAAGAGGGUUCCGGGAAUAAACCAAGCAACCAAUCCUAGUAGAUACAAUUUCAAUAGCACAAGGCGAUUUCCGGCGACCGACUAGAAACUGUGCAAACAAACAUAAAAAAACAACUGUGACUGAAGUGAGGACGAGAAGAUGAAACGGAUGAAAAUGGCUUCGAAAAAGCAUAACGUUCACGUCACGUAACGUCUAGCGUAGCGUAACGUAAUUAGCGGCUAAGCUUUUCUUAAUUUAAAACAAUUUUUAGGCAUUUCCCUUGGCAUUUCUCCACCCGAACCCUCUCUCUUAAUUUAUAUAUUUAUACAUACAUGUAUUUAUUUACAAAACAUUUACGAAUUAAUUAAACAAUUACACGUGCCCGGGCACAGUCACACUAAUUGUUUAAUUAAUUUGUUUUGCAUUUAAGCGUAAACAAGGCCUCAACUUUUCUUUAAAAUAAUGUUUAACGAAUUAAACGAAUAGUUUAGGUGCAAAACUGGAAACUAUUUUAGAAAAAACAAAGGAAACAAGUAAACGAAAAGAGAAAAAAUAAUUUAAAAACAAAAAACCAACACCGAAAUUAUUUAAACUAAAUUUAGUUGCUUAUUUAUGUUUAGACCUAAGCUGCAUUUACUAGUAGUUAAAUAAAAUACUAUUUUAAAAAUAA